UUCUUUAUUCUAUGGCGUGCCGUCGUGCGAGGUGUGCGCAUGUGGCGCGGCGGUUUAUUGAAGCGCAUUUCACCAUUGACCGGCAUCCUUGUGAGAACGCCGCGAAGCACCAGUGCGUUUAAUAACGGGGCAUCGCAGCGCUCCUGUUGCGAUGCAGAUCGACAGCAUAGCUGCUGUACUAGAGCAGCUUCUGUCACCCGUGGGCAUCGAAACAUACCCUUUCAAGAUUUCGUGGUACAACGAAUGCGUGCCGGACGUGUUCAAGUUCCCGUACCACCCGGACACCGUGUGUUUCGUGGCGAUCAGCACACCGUCGACGUUUGAGAAGGCGUUCUUGCCUUUCAUCCUGGACAACCGGAACUCUUCGCUGAAGGACCCGUACGAUCAGUGCAUGAGUGCAUGCUUCGCCAGAGUCAAGCAGGCUUUUCCUGGUGAUGUGCUGGAGGUGAUUCAAGACUUUGAACUGCACCUCAACCGGCGACCAAAGGUCAUCAUGCAGACUGCUGGUCAUGUUGCUGGUGCUGUCCACUACUACAGCUGUAGGGGCAUGCAGUUUGACGAGGAACUACCACCAAAAAAGAGGCUCCUUGGGGUCAGCAUUCACCCACGGUACGGCGGGUGGUUUGCAUUCCGGGCCGUGUUUAUUUUCCGCAAUGUCACCGCACCCGAGCUCCAACGGAGGCAGCCAGUGGACGUUGUUUGUUCCGAUGACCAGCGGACAAACCUUGUGCGCCUCUUCAACUUCUCGUGGCGUGAUGGACGCUAUCGUGACAUCAUUGAUGUCGAGGAGCGCUACUCUGCAAAGCAGCAGGAAUACUUCAACACGCUACCUGGCCAGAGGUGGCAGCUCAUUGAGAAGUGGAGGCAAGAGGCCAGCUCUUGUGGGCAGCUCAACGGGUGCUCUUGAUGACUGAUGCCGCUGUUAGCAGGGGAAAAUUCCCGCCCGCAUUCCUCAGGAAAACUGUGUAAAAAAGAAGCCACCACAGUGAAAGCUGCACGUUGGAAAAGAACAAGGAAAUCGAUUGCAUUUUGCAAAAUUUGGAUAUGCGACACACACAAAAAGGUAUCUGAGUGAGUUGGUUUAUCUCGCUGGAAACGUUGCUGUGGCAUAAAAGACAAAAGACAGAAGGAAUAUGUGGUGAAACAGCUGCCUACAGGAAAAGUGAGGCCUUGGACCAAACAUUUUUUUUACAUCUUUUCUCUUUGAGAUAUGCUGCUGAAAACUUGUGCUACAUAUUCUUAAUGCCCUGUACUUAACUUGAAUAUGGCGUCAUUUUCGUUUAUCUUUUUGUGGUUAUAAUUUUAUGCAAGUUUAUUUAAUUUUUCUGCAAAUAUUUGCAAAUUAUCAGUUUCUCAGAUUUCACUAAACUGGGCAUCUUCUGAAUGAUUCAAGGAAUGCCGUUGUGAAAGAGUUGUGAAAGUUGUGAAACAAGAGUUGUGAAACAACGCAGAGUUGUGAAAGUUUGAAGAUAAGCUUUAUAAGAACACUUUCUCAAUUUUGAACUUCACAAUCUAAUAUAUAUAUGUGUGUGUGUUGCAUACAUACAUAAUACGUAAUACAUACUGCAUGUAUGUAGUACAGGUUUUCAGCACCAUUCCUUAAUAUGGAAGGCUUUUCCAAAUGUUUGGUCCAAGUCCCCACUCUCCCUUUCUGUGCCACUUUCCAACAACCGUUUGCACUUUUUUGCGCAUCUUUGUCCUUUGUGCUGCGUUCACAUCACCAGCAAGUCAUGCAUGAGCAAUUACCUUCAGGCUAAUGCUUCUGUAGGUCAAGUUGCCUUUGUGAUGAUUUUAUUGUCAUCUUCAGGAUAUUGAUGUGGUCGUCAUUGUGGCAUGGCCAACACCAAGUGCUUUUGUUGACAGGCACACGUACCAAUACUUGCCUGCCACUUAAAUUUUUCCACAUUGUUGCAGAGCUGUUGUCUUGUAUAAACGCACAGGUGUAAUGGCUGCUCUUAUUUGCAUAUAUUUAUUUUCAUCAUCAUAUCAGUGAUGAGGGCAAUGAGUUGUGAUAUUGAGGUAAUAAUAAGUCCACAAAUGGAUUUAACCUUUUUUAGGUUCUAGUGGUUGUAUUUCGCUGAAUUGCUUUGCACGAUGUGAAAAAAAGAAAUGAAGAAAACUGUGUGCAUCUGGUAUCAGUGCAAAAUUUGGGGCACUCAGAGACAGUGAUGUUGUCUGUUUCUUUGAAUUAUGUCAGUAAUCUCGUGCCUGUUUAGUGCACAACAAAAUUCUACAAGUAGGCAACCCUGUAAAAUGUUUACCUAGGUGCGUGUGCAUACUGAACAGUAGCUCUCGAAUUGCAGUAAGAUGGUGCUCUACUCCGGGAGUUCCUAUGUGAAUGCAUAGGAACAGGGAAAUCGUAUUGCUCAGUAUAGGCUGCACCAAAGUCAGAGAGGGUUGUUGCGUUUCAAAAAAAAAAAAGUUAAAAUCUAAAGACUGCAGGAGCAGAUAUUUCAUUUUAGCCACAAGUUUCUUUCACAAAAUUGAGCACUAUAGUGAACCUUUAGAAGAAAACAUGAAGUUUACAUCUCUAACUCGGCAAUAAAUAUUCUCGUAAACAUUGUAACAGUGAUGACUGAAGUGGCUCCAACCAAAAAAAUAAUUUUUGUGUAAGCUGUUCAACUUUGUUCACUUCAGAUGCUCUACUAACAGAUGCAAUUUACGGAACAAUGAUAGUGUCUGGUGCUUUUCAGACUUAUGGAUUUGUAAACAUUGUUUUUCUUUCUUUGAAACUGAAAUGUUCAGCACUUUUUAAAAAACAAGCAAAUUGGGUUCUCAACGAAAAUAUCGCCUAACAGCAGGGCUUAAAGUCUCCCUUCAGUGGAAGGGGGGCCCACACAUGUGCAGGUACAGAUGCUCAUAUAUGUGUAUGUCCGUGAAGUGUUGAAUCCCAAGAUCCGGCAGUGAAACAAGUCAAAGAAUGUAAGCAUGCAGGAAAAAUACCAUGAUUUUACUGACGUUUUGGCAGGGGACCAGCCUUCACUCCAACGAAAACCAGCUGCUGGCAGACAUGUCAGUAACAUCUUCGUAUUUUUGCUAUGUACUUCUAUUCUUUGACUUACGUACGUACGUACGUACGUACGCACGCACGCACGUACGUACAUACAUACAUACAUACAUACACACACACACACACACACACAUACAUACAUACAUACAUAGAAGACGAAGGGUUUCGCACCAGACCUGAAGAUAUAACAUUCAAAAAAGAAAAAAGAUGAAGGUUACGACAUAUGCUUUUACCGGGGUUUUGGCUGGAGGACCGGCUGAAACGUCAGAGUGGUGGCGCUGGCUAAUAAUUUUAAGGUCUUUUAG